GACUCAUAAGUUAGUGGAUCUACGACCCUAAGGACUAUCGAUACUAUCGAUACCGUAGAUACUCGCGAUACCGUAGAUACUGGCGGUAUCCCCUCCCGGGGAUAACGAUCGCGGAUAAGGAACGAGUCAAAAGGCGACCGCCCGCCGAAGAGAUCGGUUCGCUCCCUCCGAUCACGGAUCGAACGGUGAUCGAUAGUCGGGAUCUAACCGCAACAGCGGACACCUACUCGAAAUCGAAGUGUUGGAAUUAAUCGCGUGGAUCAAUAUCCCGGAAAAAAUCGAGACCGGUGAUUACUCUGUGCGGAAAUAAACAGCGAGUGAAGUCUCACCCCUCGGGGGGGUGAAACGAUAAUUCCUUGGAAAGCGGGUGAAAUUACAUGUGAAAUCUCCUGGUGGCGGUUUCUCGCGAAGAAUUUCAGAACGUUAUUUCCUCAGGUUGACGGAACGACGAGUGAGAAGCGUCAUUAUCGAAUAUCGAAAGACGAAGCCAUGUAUCGAUCCGAGGAAAGUGAAAGAAAAAGGGAAGAGGAAAAUUAAAAAAGAGAUAGAAGAAACAGUCGGGGUGAUGCCUGCGCUCGACAAUUCAAGAGGUUUGAGUGGAGUUCCAGGGAAAAGCGCUUUCUUUUGACCGGGGACGGUCUAUGUCCUGAAAAAGGAGAACGAUAUUGAUAACCCGUGCGGCGAAGUUUGCCUUCGAGAAAGGACUUUAUUAUCGACUAUUUGAGGAAGACAAUUCCGAGGAGCGGCGCUCCGGGGCAGAUUUCUCCCUCGACCGGGUCCCGAAAGAAAAAUCCCGGUUCCUGGGGGAAACCUGGGGGAUCUCGUGGUUCUCGCGAUAGGAUAAAGGGGAAUCCGGAAACGAAGCCUGGCCAGGAUGGUUCACAUGAGCUACGCCCAGUGGGCUUGCUUGCCGAGCACUUACCGCAACAAGGUAAACCCCGGCAGUAAGGCAGCGCAGCAAGGGGUGCGAGAAGGCGAUCUGAUCAGCAGUAUAAACGGGAAAAGUACGCGCAAUUUGACCAACAGCGAGGCUCACGGAUUGCUGCGCAAUGCAGGAGAACGUCUGAGGCUCGGUUUAAAUCAGGAAAACGUCGGGUCGCCCAAGAGGAGGAUCUAUAAGAGCAGCCUGCAGGAGAGCACCUCCACCGAGACUCUGAAGAGAACGACGACAAAGUCAACGACAUCGAGCCUGAGAAUAAUUUCCACGGAAGCCAAGAGCAACGGAACUGAUGACACGACAAACGGAGGAAACAAUUACGCCAGUCAGAACGGUGGUCUGAAGAACUCGGAACAACGAACAGACACCUCUGCCAAAGGCUACGAGUACUCGGACUAUCUCACCGACGCUGAAGAGGACCGCAACAACAUGCCCCACGCUUCUCGUAGUCGCAAAAAUCGACGGGCAAAAAAUCGCAAACGGCCCCAAACCUCUGUUUUGGAGAAGCCGUCUAACGAGGCUUCCAAGCUGAUCACCCCGACGCCUGAUUUGUCAAAAGUAAAGGACACACCGACGCCUGAUUUAUCAAAAGUAAACGACACACCGACGCCUGAUUUGUCAAAAGUAAACGACACACCGACGCCUGAUUUGUCAAAAGUAAACGACACACCGACGCCUGAUUUGUCAAAAGUAAACGACACACCGACGCCCGAUUUGUCAAAAGUAAACAACACACCGACACCAGUCAUCCUGAAGAAUGGUCAUCAAGAAGACUCUAUCAGUGAACCUGAUAAAACCGAGGAGAAUUUGAAAUCCAGAGAUCUCGACGAAAGGUCCGAAGGAAAAAUCGGAGCAACUAAAGUUGAUGAAGAGGUAGAGAAUGUCAAUGGAGAUGAAAGUUCAGAAGUUAGUAAAUGUGGAAAUGGAGACGAAGCAGGGAGAGAAGCUAGCAAGAAUGAAAUCGAUUCCAAGAUAAGAACGAAUAAGAAAGAAGACUUUACGAGGGGAGGCAGGAACAAGAACGUGGAAACAUGCACGGAAAGUGAAACGCAAGUGAUAAAAGAGGUUAACAACAACGAGGAGAAAUCUGAACUAAGUAUCGAAAAUCCUGAAGAGAUAACGCCAGAAGUUUCUGUUAAUAAUGGGGACCAUGGAUUCGGAGUCGAGGAAAAGGAGCAGGUCGCUAAAGGAAUUCCCAGCGAGGACGAGAAAUCGGAAACGACCAUCGGCGAAACUACAAUAAUUGCGGGAAGAAGAGAUACCGGUAACGGAAAGACAAAAGCAGCGGCGAGAGGAAAGUCGAGGAACAAAGUCAGCCAAGAAGAAGAAGUCCAAAAAGCUGAGACGAAGGAAGUGUCGCGCGAGAUGUGGACGUCACAAAGGUGCGAGAUUGGAGCGAAUAAAACUGAUGUAAAACCAGCAAAAAAGGACUCUCGAGGCGAGGAGAGUCGCCAAGGAAGGAUCAAGGAAAAUGAAGUGACGAUCAUAACGGAAGAGGUGCGGGAAGACGAGAGGAACGUUACGAGAAAAACGAGGAGGAAGCCGAAGAACAAAUGCAGAAUCGAGGUGGGAGCCCUGAAGACGGAGUUGCAGAUCGUCGAGAUCACGACCAUCCAAACUGCACCAUUGGAGGCCAGGAUCGAGCACAUUCCGGGGGUGGGAAUCGUGGAGACGAGACACAAAAAGGAGGAAGACGAGCACAUUGUCACCGUGGUGGAGCCAAUAGAGCCUCUGUCCAUCAGCGUGGCCACCAAGGUUAAGACCCUUGGCGAUCAAUGCGCCGCCCUGGCACAGCUGCCAAAGAACAACAGCUUCGAAAUCCACGAAGUCAGUGACAGCGACGUCGAAGCUGACAGCAGUAGAGUGGCAGUGGUCGUGGAGGUAGAGUCCGACGUGGAGAAAGACUCCGUGGGAGACUCGAUCGACCUCGAUAAGGUUGCCGAAGAGGACAGGGUCGAGGACCUGAAGGGGCUGUACUCGAAUUUGAUCUCGAGGUUAAGGGACUCCGAUGACGGCGAGGACUCCCAAGAUCUACUAGAGGACACCCAGGAGGACUCGAUGUCAGAGGAGGUAGAAAAGAAGCUGAGGACGUUCAUAGAAGGCCUGAAACUACCCUCCUCUGCUGCAGAAGCGAGGGACGAGUGUCGCAAAGUGGAGACCGAGAGGAACCCCGGCGGAAAUGUCGCGGCCAGGAAGGCCAAAAAACGAGCCAUUUUGGAAUCGUACUUCAUGCAAACUCAGGCGGCGAACAGGUUUCUGGAUAUUAUCCAGGAAGAGGGGGAGAAGCUGUCCGAAGAUGGCGAGCAGCACAUCAGGGACUUUAUCAACGGAGAGAUCGGUAAAUACAGGAGAGAGGAACGAGAUUUCUCUCAUGGUCUUGAAGAAGGUCUCGAAAACAUGGAAGACCUCGAAGAAGAAGCCGCUUCUUCGACGGGUGCGAUGGGAGAUGUUCCCGAGCUAAGUGAAAAAGUUAACCGAGCAGAUAUCGAGAAAAAGGUUGAAAAGAAUGUUAAUGAAAGUGUACAUAAUGGAAGGAAGAAGUCUCCUGAAAGUGGGAAUCCUGAAUCAAGCGACGUUGAGGCUUCGAAUGAAAUUGGUGAAGCUCGAAUUGUUCCCGAUGAUCCGAGAAAUAGGGAAACUUCUGAUCCCGGGGAACUCCGGAAUGACAAAAAUGGCGGUACCAAUUCACACGCCGCGGAUAGGAGGAACCAAACUCCCUCUUCAAGGCUUCCCAAUCUUGGUAACGAUCCACAUCUCGAGAGACCACCAACUCCCCCGGAAGUAGACUACCCUAGGGAAGUUCGCGAAGUUCCAGAUCCUCCGCAGGAAGUACGACCUGCGCCGAAGACACCCCCAAUCCCCCCAACUCGAGGGAAGUUCGUCAACAGCCAAGGCUCUCUUGAAGCUUUGGGGAUGCCGCCUUUGUCACCUCCACCGUCACCGCUACCCUCACCACCACCGCCACCGCAGCGUCACGAACCACGAACGAAUCGACCAGAAAGGAUUUACGAAACCGCUCCUAAAUCCGAUGUAUCGACGCCCCGAGACGACCCCGAAGAGACCACGUUGAGGAAUCAGCUGACGAGUGAGAGGAUUCAGCGAAAAAUCCGCAUUUGUGAGUCCAACGUCAAGAGCGAACAGGACGCCGUUGAGUUCAUCAAGGUGUUGCUCACGGUAUUGUCCAGGAAGGACACGACCAGACAGGACGUCCAGAACGUCCUGACCAGGUUUGACAUAAAUCAGCUUCCACAGAACAUCCAAGAUAUCAUUGAUGACCUAAUGGCGCCUAGCUCGCACGUGUCCAUGGACAGUGACAGCUUGGACUUGCGAAACUCCGACCAGGAUUGUGACGCCGAAGUUGGCAGCGAUACCAACUCCGAAAUAGCGUAUGAACGCAUUAACGAAGUGGUGUCCCAAAAAUCACUGUGCGUUGGUCAGGCCUCGUUAAUCGAGCUCAGUCGGUCCGAACAAAAUGGGAUCUUGCAUGAAGAGACAAAACAGGAGCUCUUCAAGGCGUUCGAAAGCGCAAUAGCCUCAAACAAGAUGAUUUCAGAAAAAUGCCAUAAAAAUGCCUCGACCGCUGUAGAAGUAAACGGAAUUGAACCAGAAGAUGGGAUUAAUACAGAUAAAAUUAAAGAUGGAGAUAAGGAAAACGGAACAGUCUGUGAUAAAAAAGAAAUUGAAGUGAUACAAGACGUAGAGCAUAAGCAGGAUGACGAAGGGAAGCGAGAUCAGGAUGCCCAGGGUGAUGAUAAAAAUGAAGGGAUAAAAAUGAAGAAAGAAGAGCGAGAUGUAAAUACCCCGAAAAUUGAGGAUUCGAAAGACUCGACUUCCAUUGAAUUACAGUCUACCGACUCGAAGUCACCGAAUAAAUCCGAGGAGGCCGAAUGUAGUUCAAGUGCUCAGAGUCCAAUCGACUUCCAGGGUCUAGACUCUUCAAGUAGUGCCACGACGUUGAGCACUGCUAAAUAUAAUCCGCGAUCCUCAUUGGCAGACCUGUCUUCGGUGGUGCAGGACGAGGAGAAGGAAGGAAUCAAAGACAAGCAGGGCGCGGACCAAGGAUCGCCGCAACCAAAACGGAAGCUGACGUUGCUGAAGGGAGACGAAGAUUCGUCGAAAGGAUCAUCCAAAGAUGGCGAAGCUGGUUCCCCUCAGCCGAUACCGUAUUCGCCGAUCGAGGACCUCUAUUACGUGCCCUUAGACAAAACGGAAGAAAUAUCACCCUCCGAAGAGAAACCUGAAGAGCCUCGACCGGAUUCGCUGAAGGAUCUCUGCGUGAAAAAAAUCCUCUCGAUGCCGUACGGUAUGCAAAUAAUCAACGAAAUAACCCUUCCCAAGUUUAACAUCUUCAAGAGCCUGCAAGUGAUCCAAGAAGCCGUUAACAUUGCUUCCAGGGCUGAUAACGAGAGAUUAAACACGCAUGGUGUGAGUCGAUUGGUAGGGUCGGAUCGGGAGCCGACAAAGACCGCACUGGGGGAUCCUGAAGACCGCCACCCCGCUGUUUCAGAGCAAAGUGGUUCCGACAGGUUGAGGGUUGACGAGAGACCUGGUGUCGGCAAGCCUCGUGUAUCCAACCCCAGCAACAUGAGAAAGAGACCGCAGACUUGGGUGGGCGUCCCCACGAUCCAGGACCCCAAGUUACUGGUGUGUCUGUCGCCAUCGCAACAGGAGACAGGAGUUCACGCGAGUGCUGACAACUUGUUGGAUUUGCACAAGAAAUACCUGGAGCGUCGCAGCUACCACGAUGAUCAUCGAUCCGACACCUCUGUGCACAAAUAUAGAAUCGAUCUGCAUUUAAAGGACGAAGAGCAACCUGCUCGUGUCGCUCCUGAUCGUGCCAAUCACCCAGAUCGCUGGAACACACCCUGGCAUGUUCCAAAAACAGGGAACAGGCUUCUCGAGAUCAUCAAGGAGAACUCCAUCCUCCCAUCCGACAAGAAAUCGUCAACUCCAUGUCAAAAGUCAUCCUUCAGGGAGUUUGACAAAAAAUCCUACCAAAGAGAUAAGGACACCAUAAGUCAAACAAGAAUAUCGAGUCAACGUCUUCAGGAUGCAAGUCAGGAACGCCUGAGCGCUACUUGUCUGUCGGACUGGUUGCACCUUGCCAGAAGAAAUUCGGAUGAUAACGCUAUCUUCGGACAGAACUCCGGUUUGUCCUCGGAUAGGUCCAGAGAAAGUGGACAGGGGUGCUUUGACAAAAGUCGUCGAAAUUCGUUGCCAGGGAUGAGUAAUUACCGCCACGUGGGCGAUUCUUCAGGGCACCUUCUUCCGGAAGAUUACGACGAGCUCUACGAGCAGAGGAGCUCUUCUAGAGUUAGAAAUGGUAGAAUUGGAGGGGAAUUUAAAGUCGAAGGUAUGAGCGAAGGCACUUCGGAAUUCGGUGGUGUUGGCAAGCGAUCAGCUGAUAGACCUCACAGUGUGAACAAUGCGCUGAUAAUACGCGAGUCGGGUGAUGGGUUUACGAGAAGUGCAACUCCAUUUCGAAGAAGUCCAAUUUCUAUGAACAGCGCCAUUAUUGACAAGUCUCCUGACACGCCAGAUUCCGGCAAAAGGUCCGUAACCUCGCCUCGUAGAUUUGAAAACGUUGGUAACGUCAGGAGCAAUAUCAAUUCCGCCUUGAUAGAUGACAGACCCAUCGUGCCACCGAAGGUGAAGAAGCUCGUCAACGUUGACAGAUCCUGUAUAGACACAACGAGUAUAUUUGAUAAGAGUCCGCCAAAGAAUCGCUUGGAACCCAGGAGGUACCAUCAGGACCCAGAGAAAACGAGAAACGUCAAGGCUGACGAGAUCGUGGAGAACCUGAAGAGGCUCCAAUCGGAGAUGAAGGGUCACGCAGACGAGCGCAGAAGGUUCUCCCUGCCCCAGGAAUACUUUGAUCGUCAGCUGCAGUACAUUGAACAAUUGGAGAACCAACUGAAGGAGGAGGUGCUUGCCGAGGAGUCUGGAAAGGAGAUGGACAAAGCUUGUUAUUCUUCCGGAAGAGGCACUCUAGAGAACAGGAAGACUCCGUUUCAGGAUGGAAUGGAUGAGCCUUCCUGGAAGCAGAAGAGGACGCGUCAAGAGGAAACGGAGGGUACCGUGAAACUUGGGAAAAUAGCUGAUCAGGACUGCCAGAGGUCCAGGGACAGCUGGCACGAGGAGUCCAGGAACGUCGGCGACUCUCAGACCGAGAUCCUGAAGAGGGACGGUUAUCGAGAGUCGAUGAAAAAAGUGGUCAAAGAUGAAGAAUGUUUCAAAGAAGAGUCCGAGACAACGGAGAGCAAGGAGGAGUACACCAUAAUAACCAAAUCCGAGAGGACCUCCGAACCCGGUACUAGUAGAUCGUCUUCAAGAAGCUCGCAACCAAAGUCAGCCAUCUCGACGAACGCCGCAAACGGCGAUACGUUCCGUCAGCAGAUGUCCGGCGAAGUCGCGAGCCAUGUUCAGGAAAGCAAGGAAGAACGAAUUUCUCCCAAGACCGAACUCACCGACCAAAGUACUUCCAAGCCAGACCAUCGGCAAAAGUCUUCAGGGCUACCUCGACCAAAAUCCUCCAUUUCAGCGAUCCCAACAAAUGGGGAGGUGUUUCGUCAGCAGAUGUUCAACGAGUACGUGAACAAGGUUCAAGAACGACUGGAGCGGAAGCAUCACAAAGUGAUCAAGAUCAGCUCCCACGCGGACCUGGAGAAGGUGGAGAACGAGUCCUGCGCCAACAUGAACAAGAUCGAAAGGGAGUUCAUCGAGAAGGCCAGAGACAGACUCCAGAAGUUUGGGAUCAAGCUCGACGAGAGCGAACCGGAGGCCCGGAACAGCGAAUCGGAGAGAGUCCAGGAGGACCUAGAAGAGGCCAGGUGCGUGGUCGAUGGGCAGGAAGUGAAGGACACCAGGAGUCUGCCGAAGCACCUCAGGGAGUUCCUCAAGCUGUCGGCAGCCGACAGCGACGACGAGAACACCAUGUUCGCUCCGACCUUUAAAGCUUCGGCUGUGAAAGGAGGAGUGUGGUCUCCAGGAAGCGAACCUCCACCACCACCGAAGGUACCCAGCCCGGAUCGUGGCAAGGACGAAAAGGAUGCUGCGAUCCCGCCCGUCUGGACCCCCUCGAGCGCAGGAGCGAGUCCUGUGCCCGAAAGGAAGGAAUUCCGUCCUGUGCCCUUCGAGAGCCCGAUCCUAGGCCGGAAGAAAAAACCGGAACCACAGUCUUCCUCGGAGGAGACGACAGUUCCUUGGAAGGAGGAGGGAGAAAAAAAGGAAAGCUCUCAUACCGUCUCCCAAAACGUCACGUCUCGAAUCGUCACCUCGCUCUCUGCACCCCCUCAAGGGCUGAACACCCUCGCAGGUGCCCCCCGAUUGCCCAGAGCCCAAAAUCCUACGAUCACUUUAUUACAAAAAGCAAGAGAGGGACAAUUACCGAAAGGUGCGGCCUACUUGGACGAGAACGAGAGUGCCUCUCGUAACAGUAGCGACAGCAAGCCUCUGAUCAGCCCUGGAGAAGUCGUCUACACGGUGAAGAGAGAGUACGAGAGCGAACCGGAAGUCGAGACCCAGCCGCCGAAGAAGAUGGCCGAUCUGGGACCAAGGAAACUCGAGGGCAUUGGCCCCAUCACCAAGGAGGGCAUUCCCCUCGUCCUGAGAUCGGAAGUCAAGGAGAACAACCAGGCUAAGUGGUACAAGAAAAUGUACGAUUCCCUGCAUCGUUCCGACAAGGACGAUGAUUACAUAACCAUCCGGUACAAGCCACGGAGAGGAGCAAGACACGGCUACGGAAGUUCCAGCGGAUAUCUCAGCGAACCUGAACCUCGUUAUUCCGAAAGAUCAGCAACUCUUGACAGUCGGCGACGUCCACGAAACAAGGAAAAUGACUUCUCCGCGUCAACUAUGCCCAGAAAAAAUGGGCCCCUAAAGUAUUCCUCGGACUCGUAUCGCAAUCAGCCAGGUCGAAUCGAAGAUUACGAACCAGGACGGUCGUCGAUCGCCGAAAAGGAGACCAAAGAGUGGUGGGACGAGGUCAUGGACAUAUUUGACGGGCCUUUCGAGCAUCAUCGAUCCUUGCAUGCGAUUAAGCCGUAUAUGACUCAGGCCCUGAAGGAGUCUGGAUACGAGAGCGAUUCGACCCUCGUGUUUCGUCGUCGGGACGAUGUAAGUCCAUUAAGCCCUCUGGAACAGAGAUUGGCUUACAAGACUGUACAGAAAGGUGGCGACGUACCUCUUCACGGACUCCGCAAACCAGCCCCAGAGCGACCGAAAGACGACUCGGAGAUCGAGUACUUCCCUAUCUCGCCGACCCUGACGAGGAUCCGCGUGCACCGCAAGCUCGCCCAGAAGUCACCCCACCAAAAGUCUAAGUCCUCCACGAGUUCCUCGGAAAUGGUUUUCGGGAGGUAUAAAAAAACCACGCCUGCCGUGGCCACCACGCUGCUGCAGACAAACUCGAAGACGGACAGCCGGACCUUGCCGGGAAAAUCGUACUCCUCUUCGAGGAUAACUUCCCCACCUCCUGGGAGACCUCCUUCGAGGGUGGACUCCCCCCAGAACAGGCCACCAUCGCCCCCUAGAAGAAGAUCAUCUCGCAACAAUUCGACGUUGAGGUUAUAUUCCAAAACAAAGGUCUCCAACGUUACGAGCCACAGCGCGAAUCCUAGACACGAGCAGUGUUUCUCUGCGGACAACGUGUCCAACAUCAGGUUCCUGAGAGACAGACUAUCCUGCAAGCUGGAAAAGCACCGGAAGGAGAGAGAAGACGCCCACAGGGUCAGGAUGACCAGGACCUCGUCGACCAGUCCAGUGGUUGCGAGGACCAAAGUGUCUACCGAGAUCCAGAGCGGAAAAUCGGAGCCGUGUCUAGUCAGAAACGUCUCUUCGGAGUCUUCGAGUAGAACAGGUGUUGAGAAGGUCAGGACCAGAGUGUCGACCUCGACCAGUCCAGCGUCUAGGACGUCGCGGGACUCCGGAACGAAGGUCGAAGGUAGAAGGUGCCCUGAUGAGAGGUCUGGAAAAAGAGUGCCCUCGAAGAGCCCUAUGUCCAUCAGCUCUAGAGAGUCCACCAUAGAUCGGCUGACCUCCCCGGAGAGAACCUGCAGCCAUGGGAGCUCUUCAAGGAUAUCGACCGUUGCGCAGGCAAAAAUGGCUUCCAAGUGCAGGAAGAUCACGAAGAAGGAACAGGAGGAAACUUGCAAGAGACUGAGUCGUUCGCCAGAGCUAAUCUCGCCUACGGAGGUGCAGAAGAUCGUCCAGAAGCAGAAGGACUCCAAGGAUGCCUCGACGAGGACGCUGCCUUCGGGCACGGUGCUGAAGAGCUCGACGACUUUGUACUCCUCGUCACUGAAUAGCAAGCACAAGAACCCUGAAGACAAGUCCCUGAAAGUCACCGUGGCGAUCACGUCAAAGGGAAGGGAAUUUCUAAGGCGAAACACCGAGACCACGAGCACGAAUCCUAGCUCCAGGACCUCUUCGGCAACGACAUCACCGUUGGUCAGCAGGAAGGCGACGACUCUCCUGCAACCCACGGAGUCGACUAAAUUAAGGGCGAUUACGAGACAAUCGGAUAUGGAGAAGAUGAAGAGCGAGACGCUUAAGGUCCUCCCUCCUCCGAGUUUAGCGGAUAAUACGAGCGACCUUAAUCGGAAGAAGAGAUCGAAAGAAAGGUUGCAAACUAUAGUGAAGUCUGCGAUCAAGAAGCCGGAGACCAUCACGAUAGACCCCGAAGACAAGGACCAGAGGACGGAGAAGAAGAAGAAGAAGGAGAAGAACAGCGAGACCUCGAAAAGUAAGAAAAUAUCAAACGGCAAGAAGAGCGACAGCGAGAAGAAACAGCGAAAAAGUAAAAAUCCUUCCGAUCGCGAGGACAUAUCGAAGAGGUGCCACAUUGGAAAGAAAAAGGUGGAGGUGACCGCCGACGAGAUCACCAGACACGGGGAAGUGAUGAAGUCGAAUACGUUUUUCCAAAAUCUGUUCCUCAGGAACGUGUCACCUACGCCAUCGCAGAGCAGCGUCGUUAGGAAAAACUCGGUUUUGGAGAGAGUAAAAAUUUUCCAGGAAGGCAGGAGUGACAGAUUCCGGUCGGAGCCAUCGCUCAGGUCGAUCAACAUUUAUCUGUCCCACAAAAGACCCGUUUCAAACUCGAAGUUCAAGAAUUGGGAGCACGAAAGCUCCUCUUCAAGGUCCUCCAGCCCGUACGGAGUUUGUUGGCCUGGCAGGUCGGUUUUCAAAAAGAUCAGCAAAUUCGAAAGUCUCCUCAGCGUGGACGAAUAUCCGCCCGAUUACAGGUCAACGUCUUCUCUUCGAAGUAGAAGUCCAGAUUUCUCCCGCGAGGUCUUGAAGGGAAGAAGCUCCAGCGAACCGCCUCUGAGAAUGUUACCCGAGGACAAAGAAAAAAGUCCCAAAGCGUCCAGAACGAGUUCUCCGUCUCCGGCAAGGUCCGAUAUACCCCAACGGGUCCAAUCAUUAAAAACCCCAGAAAGUCUAGGGACAUUUAUCCUGAAGAAGGCCAGAGCCAGAAGUGUAGGCGAAGCUGACCAAAGACCCAUAUCACCGAAACAGAGAUUCGGCUCCAGCUUAUCACUGACAAGGAGCACGAGUUCCCUGAUGUCCUCCCAGGUAGAUCGCGAAGACAGCCAUCAGUACGUCUUGGAGAUGUUGCACUACAGAAGGAAGUCGAAGAGAUAUCGCGAGCUUCACGACUUCUACGCAAGUCUCGAAAGGAUGGGCGAGUUGGAAAGGACCACGUCAACUGGGGAUCUGCGACCAAGGCUGAGGAACGAGGAGAUCAUCGACUACGACAGAUGGAAGGAGGUCAGGACCAAGGAGCGAGCAGAAAGGGAGCUGAAGAUACUUUACGAUAAACUGCAGGCAGCCCAGAAAGAAAAGGACUUCCUGUUCAGGCCAAAGGACGUCGAGAGGUACCGCUGGCGAGGAGACUCCGGGCUCAGGUGUAAGGAAAAAUCGGUGGAAAACAUCAGGGAGCACUUCAAGAAGCUGGAAAACGAAGAGAGCGAGCUAGAGUCUUCACGAAGGCGCGAGAUCUCGUCUAAAAAGGACGUCUACAAACCUCUAUGGAGAGGCAGCACCGUGAUGAACGUAGCGAACACGAUUAUCAGAAAAGCUGCAGAGUCCCACGCGGAGUCGGAUAGAUCGGUUCUCCAUCCAUCCCUGCAAAGAAGCCUUGGUGGUAGCAAGAAAUUCUGGAGCAGCCUCUCCGUGGAGCAAGUGAACACCCUGAAGAACCAACUAAACGAGAUCUACGGCAGCGAAAAUGGUAAAUCGAAAACGUCGAUCUCAAAGGCGGAUUACGAGAUAGUAGUACCACCAAAAGAAGGUGGGAUCCUUACGAUUCCUCAAGAAGAAGUCAAGGGUCUUCACGUACGUUGUCAUUCCUUGCUGGGCUCGGAUAAUCGUGACGGAGGAACGAAACAGGAUCCUGGGUCCGGCGAUCGACUCGAGCCUACCUUGAAGAGGAGCAACUCGAUCGGUCGUGGAAGGACUCUGGAGAGGUCUCAAUCGGAUCGAGUGGUACCGCCGAUGAGCGAGCUGGAGAAGAAGAGAUUGUCCUUGACCCUGAGCCAAGAGAUCCUGGACAAGGUUUCCAAGAGAAAACCUUCGGGUUCCUUGCAGCCUCGUGAAACUCGUGGAGCCUUCGCGGCAGCAUUGGCAAUCCCGAAGGGCUCGACCUCCGCCAGGAGCACAUCUCCAAGAACUUGCUACUCCCUGGAGAUGUCGGAAGACGGUGCAACAAAAUCCAAAGAGAAAAAUGAUUUUUUGCUGGUGCUAGCGCCAGAUAGCGAGGGUACCGCAGGCAAGAAGAGAGUGGAAAACGUCCUCGAAGAGUGGUCCAAGAAGUCAGCUCCUACCUCUUCGGCACCAACCGAAGACGGUACGUCGAAGACGUCUCGACCCACCUCUGGGAGCGAAGUCGAAAGCAACACGGAGAGCUCCGACGCGUCCGUGAGGACCGUCAUCCACCAGACGCAUCCAGAAGAGGUGCCCCGCAAGGUGGAUUUCUUCGAGCACGUGGGCGAAGAGAGAAACGAGCCAAGAAAGCCUCCCAAAUACGUCGGCCACCCCCACCGCCUCUCCUCGUCGCAGAGUUUCGCAGACCUGAAGGAGCUCUUCGGAGAACGCGAGUCCGCGAAGUACGGCACGAUCCCACUCUUCAGGUCCAGAGCUCGGUCCACGUCGCCCGGAAGUCCGCCGACCUCUCCCGGAAGUCACCAGUGUGCACGCUUGCGUGACACCUACGAACGCACCCGUAGCGUCAGCCCACGAACAGUGUCUACGUCUUCCUGCAGUCUGGACAGCAUAUGGCAGAGAAGCUCUUCCCCGGACCCUGAAAAGUACUGGAGAGCGUACCUGAAGCUGGUGAAGAGCGGCGCCGUGAAGCGGCUGAGAGCGAAAUUCGAGAGCCUCGAAGAACUGCACCAAGACCGGAACCGUGUGGUCCAGAUCCCGAAGAGGUUCCAGAGCGACCCGGAGCUCACCAGGAACCUGUUGAAGAGAGGCAAUCUAGGGAACCAGUGCACCAAGGCAGUGGUGAAGAUCCACGAGUGCAGCGACGUGAAUUGGCUGAGAAGGAAGUACGAGCCCAUCCGAGGGAGGACCAGGAAGAGAGGGACCUCGCCCAUACCGAAGGUCCCACUGAGGCUGGAAGACCUGGGCAUGCCUCGCAUCAACGUGAUCAGCAAGCUGGCCGAGCUGAAGGACUCCGUAAGAGCGUCCUCUUCGGCGUCCUCUUCGUCUUUUAUGCGCGAGGCCGAAACCAGGGAACUUCGGGCCAGGAGGCCGGUUGGCAAAGUCCGUAAGAGAUUCGAGCGGGACCAGGAGCGAGGUGACUCAGGUGAGGUCUUCUCUUCGUCGCCGAGCCUGCACGAGCUUCGGGAUAUAGCACCGUAUUUGGCCGGUCGGUGGGUAGCACACAAGUAUCCUAGACGCCACGACAACGCGCGUUCCCUGUCAUCGCCCGACUUGAGCCUGGAGGAAGGGAGCGGCAAAGGUCCUGAAGGUCCUGGAGGUGGAGGGGUAGUCCCGCCGCGCCGGCAUCGAAGCCCACGCCCGGGAUCGGAGAAGCCCAGGGCCUCUUCGGCGUCUCCGGUGGGACCCAGAAGACCCACGUCCAUCCUGAAACACCCGAACGAGCGCAAGGACCCCUUCGCCGACCAACAUUUCGAUCCCAGCAAACACCGGCCGAGGUACAGGUACCAACCUCCGCCACCCUCACCUCCGGCAGCCCGCCGAAACUUCAGACCCUGGUGGCCUCCCCUUCCCACCUACACCGCCAGGCCCACCGUCACCUUCGAAGGUCCGGACCACUUGAUGUCAUGGUUCUCUGAGAUUUCUCAACCAGGGGGCGCGCUGCCUUUGGUCCGCUCCAAGGAGACCACGGUCUCCGAUGGUCGGCCUCCUUGGACCCCAGAUGCUGCGCGCUGCUCUCGCACCUCACCCUUAUCGAUAGAUUAGAGAGAGCACCGCCUUUAGACACCU